AUGAGUUUCAGUUUCUGCCAUGGCGCCGCUCUUGCUCAUAGCGCUUCCAAUGUCAAGGCAACGUACCAUUACUACUACCCCGAGCAGAGCGGCUGGGACUUGAACCAACGUGCUUAUUGCUCGACCUGGGAUGCGAAUAAGCCCCUUGCAUGGCGCAAGAAGUACGGCUGGACCUCUUUCUACGGCCCAGUCGGGCCUCGCGGGCAGGCCUCUUGCGGCCGGUGCUUAAGGGUGACCAACACGAGGACCGGAGCUCAGGCAACCGCGAGGAUCAUCGACCAGUGCAGCAACGGAGGGUUGGAUCUGGAUGCGGGCGUUUUUCGCAGGUUGGACACCGACGGGAAUGGCAACGCUUAGGGCCAUCUUGUUGUGAACUAUCGGUUUGUCGCUUGCUGA